AGAUAAAUACACAGACACUCACCCACAAACUCUCUCUCUCUCUCUCUCUGCAAAUAUUUUGCCUGUGGAAACGUUAAGCGAGAGACAAUCCAAGCCAUAAUGUCAUGUUUUAGAUCAAACCCAUCAGUUUUUCUUCUCUCUUUCUCUCUCUUCUUUUUCUUUUCCAUAUCUUCGUCCUUUGCAAACUCUCAUGUCCAUCACACUCUGCACAUUCCAGAUGCAUUUGUUAAGAGAGAAUAUGGUGGGGUGGUCAUAUGGAACACAAGGAGGUCAGUUGCAGAGGAAAGCAGUACAGGAAACUCGUCUCUGAUAUUGGCAGAGAAGAGGACGUACAGGAAGGACCCUCUUGAUAGCUUUAACCGCUACCCUGGUGGUUGGAAUAUCAGCAAUCAACAUUACUGGGCUUCUGUAGGUUUUACAGCGGCUCCAUUCUUUGCCAUUGCUGCUGUUUGGUUUUUGGUUUUUGGGAUAAGCUUGUUCCUCAUCUGUUGCUGCUAUUGCUGUUGUCCAAGAGAGCCUUACGGAUAUUCUCGAAUUGCCUAUGCUCUCUCCCUUAUUUUUCUCGUCCUGUUCACCCUUGCAGCAAUUGCUGGAUGCAUUGUUCUGUACACUGGUCAGGGGAAGUUCCACAGCAGCACAACCAACACACUCAAUUAUGUUGUGAAUCAGGCAGAUACCAUUGCUGAAAACCUCAAUAAUGUGUCCGAUUAUCUUUCUGCAGCUAAGAAGGUUGGUGUGGAUUCUAUAUUUCUGCCAUCGGAUGUCGUGAAGAACAUUGACAGUAUUGAAACAAAGAUCAACUCUUCUGCUAGCACUCUUUCUAAGACUACUUCUGAUAAUUCAAAGAAUAUACAAGAUGUCCUGAAUAGUGUGAGACUGGCUCUUGUUAUUGUUGCAGCUGUUAUGCUUUUCUUGGCAUUUCUUGGAUUUUUAUUUUCCGUUCUCGGGAUGCAACCCUUGUCUUAUUUUGUCAUUGAACACUUACAUAUAAUGACUGGCAUUUUAUGUGGCGUAUUUCUCCUUCUCCACAAUGUGGUGGCAGAUACAUGUGUUGCAAUGGAUGAAUGGGUCCAGCAUCCGACUGCACAUACAGCUUUAGAUGAUAUACUCCCAUGCGUGGACAAUGCAACUGCCCAACAAACCCUAAUACAAUCCCAAAAUGUCACCAACCAGCUUGUUGUUAUGGUUAACAGCAUGAUCACCAACAUUGCUAAUGCUAAUGUCUCUUCCACUCCCAGACUUCCCAUAUAUUACAACCAAUCUGGCCCAUCGAUGCCUGUUCUUUGCAAUCCUUUUUAUUCUAAUCUGACGAAUAGGCAAUGUGCAACUGGUGAGGUGGAAUUGAGCAAAGCUCCAGAGGUGUGGAAGAAUUAUGUUUGUCAAGUUUCAGCAUCUAAUAUUUGUAACACAACUGGCCGGUUGACCCCCACCUACUACAACCAGAUGGUGGGUGCUGUAAAUGUGAGCUAUGGUUUGUAUCGUUAUACUCCAUUCCUGGUUAAUCUGGAAGACUGCACAUUUGUGCGGACCACGUUCACAGACAUUGAUAGCGACCAUUGUCCUGGACUACGAAAAUAUAGCGAAUGGAUCUAUGUUGGGUUAGUAUUGGUAUCUGCAGCUGUAAUGUUCUCAUUGAUCUUCUGGGUUAUUUAUGCAAGAGAGCGACGUCAUCGUGUAUAUACUAAGUCCAGGGAUAGUAGAGCCAUGGGCUUUGAAGGCAAGGCUACAUAGAGUUCUUCUAAUCUAAUUAUCCUUGUUAGGUGAAGAAGUUCUUAUGUAUAUUGGAGCCGUAUAAAACAUCUGUACAUUAUGGUAGUGAUCCGUAGUUUGUUGAUUAUGUGAGUGUAGGUAUUUGUAUUGAUAUUUGAUAGCCGCAGCCUUCAAGGAUAUAUGGUAUGUUUUGGCUCACUUAUGAGCUAUGAGCCUAUGACGCUUUAAACUCAGGAAAUUUUUACUUUGAAGUUUCAAGCUAGAAAAUGUUCACAUAGAGCAGAUAAUGUUUGCAUUUCGGUCGCAAGUUUUGUAAAGCUUGAACCAAUGGUGGGUGCAAGAGUAUUGAGCAACAGUGUGUUCAGAAGCCAGGUGAGGAAAUAAUCCCUCCCAAUUUCAGGCGGUAAUAAUGUGUAUGACCCUUUUCCGAGUAUUAACUGGCGUGUCAUUCUGCAAUAUUUAUGAAACCGAAGUACACAUUGUUCUGUAUAUGGGCUUUAAAAUACCAUAUUUUCAUUUGAAGUC